UAUGUACAGCCGUCUCUCACUGGUUGAACAUCGAUUGCACGCCAACUACUGAAUGUUUGCUGCAUGCAUAGCAGGUUGUGAUUUAAUGUUUGGCAAAAAGCAUUUCAUAACCCCAAAAAUUGUGUAAUUUAGCUUCAUUUUGUUACUAGUUUUUCUUCAAUUAAUUUUUUUUUUAAAUAUUGAAACAUGAAAAGCGCCAAGGAUGGAGAAAAGGCGAAAAGACCUAAAAAAAUCGGGUUUGUUGAUCCACAAGGAGAUUCGGAGGCCUUGGACACGCGAAAAAGCUAUCGGAAAUCAACAUACCCCCGGGAAAGUUUGUCAGCUCUAGCGCGAAAAUCCUCCGUACUGAUACUGUCCCGCCUGAUGGGUCCGCCGAUGACUUCCUCAAGGAUCGACCGGGGCCUGUACGAUCGGACCAGCAUGUACGUAGUGCCACGGUUUCAAAACACGUUCCGCAUGGAGUCGAAGAACCCGUUCCGGCGCGAGGUGAUGCAGUCGAUGAUGGGUCACUUUUUGCACACCUACCUCGACGAGUACAAGUAUGUGGCGAAGCGGGCCAAACGGUUGGCGGAAAAUUUAAGCGAAGAGUUGCGCAAUCAGUUCAAGCUGUGCCAGUUCGAACGGUACCGGUACGUGGCGCUCGUGACGGUGGGCGACAAGAAGAUGCAAAACUUCCGGUACGUUGCCCGAGCGCUGUGGGAUCCGGAGAAGGACGAUUGCAUCAGCUGUACGUACGAGGCGCCACCGUUCUUCGUCGUGGCCAGCGUUUGGACGGUGUACUAUGAGUGAGUGCGCCUUUUGAAAUUGAAACAGCCGGGCAGGAUGUAAUACAUUGGCGUUUAUUAGAAAUUCUA